UUCUUUAACCUCUUAAUUUUCAAAUACUGUAAUUUUUUUUUCUUAUUAAUCUACUGUACAUAACUUUUAUUGUUCCUUAGUUAUCUGUUGUGCGACUGCUUAUUUUUAAUUAAUUUCAAUAAUGGCUCACCGAAUAAUGAAUAAAAUUAAUAUUAUUUCACAUUACUUGGCCCGUUCCUAUAGUGUAGAUAAGCGUAAAGUUACUCUAAUUCCUGGUGAUGGCAUUGGUCCUGAGAUAUCAGCUGCUGUACAGAAAAUAUUUGCUGCAGCCCAAACUCCAAUAGAAUGGGAUGUAGUUGAUGUUACUCCUGUCCGAGCUCCUGAUGGGACCAUGAAAAUCCCACCUAAAGCAAUUGAGUCUGUGAAUACAAAUAAAAUAGGAUUAAAAGGUCCUCUGAUGACUCCUGUUGGGAAAGGCCAUCGUUCUUUAAAUUUAGCGCUUAGAAAAGAGUUUAAUUUGUAUGCUAAUGUACGUCCUUGUCGAUCUCUUGAAGGAUAUCCUACAUUAUAUGAAAAUGUAGAUGUUGUUACAAUCCGAGAAAAUACUGAAGGAGAAUAUUCUGGUAUUGAACAUGAAAUAGUUGAAGGUGUUGUUCAAUCAAUCAAGUUAAUCACUGAAGAAGCAUCUACUAGGGUUGCUGAAUUUGCUUUUAAAUAUGCUGUUGAAAAUAAACGAUCUAAAGUUACUGCUGUACAUAAAGCCAAUAUAAUGCGGAUGUCUGAUGGUUUGUUUUUGAGGUGUUGUCGUAAAGCAUCUUCCAAAUAUCCACAAAUUAGAUUUGAAGAAAAAUAUUUAGAUACAGUUUGUUUAACUAUGGUCCAAGAUCCUGGUCAUUAUGAUGUUCUUGUGAUGCCAAAUUUAUAUGGUGAUAUUUUAUCUGAUAUGUGUGCUGGUUUGGUUGGUGGUUUAGGAUUAACUCCAAGCGGAAAUAUUGGAAGCAAUGGAGCUUUAUUUGAAUCAGUUCAUGGAACUGCUCCUGAUAUUGCAGGAAAAGAUUUAGCUAAUCCUACAGCUCUUUUAUUAUCAGCUGUAAUGAUGCUACGUCAUAUGGAACUCAACAAUUAUGCUAAUGUUAUACAACAAGCGUGUUUUGAAACAAUAAAAGAAGGACAAUAUAGAACUGGAGAUCUUGGUGGUAAAGCUAAGUGUUCUGAAUUUACUGAUGAAAUAUGUCGCAAAAUAGAGCAAUCAUCUUAAUUUAAAAAUUAAUUGUUGAUUAUCCAUUUUGAUCAUUGUUUUGUAUAUUUUUUGCUGAUGAUAGACUAACAUAAUUAGCAAUAAUCUUGAGUUUUCAUGUUUGUUCCUUUUAAUUUAUGAAAUAAAUAUAUAUUUUAUUUG